UCUUUAUUGUUCAACAACAAGAUUUUUCUCUCUGGCUAGAUGGCGGAUUCUGGGUUUCACUGCUUUGCACCUGACUGGAUCGGAUUUGGAUUUAGUGAUAAGCCACAACCUGGUUAUGGUUUCGACUACACUGAGAAAGAGUUCCAUGAAGAGUUCGAGAAGUUACUUGAAGUCCUGGGAGUGACGUCUCCAUUUUUCCUCGUAGUUCAGGGAUUCCUUGUGGGUUCAUACGGAUUGACUUGGACUUUGAAAAAUCCCAGUAAAAUAUCAAAGCUUGCAAUUCUGAACACUCCACUGACUGUUUCUUCACCUAUUCCUGGACUUUUUCAGCAGCUCAGAAUUCCCUUCUUUGGUGAAUUUACUUCCCAUAAUGCAGUAAUGGCAGAGCGCUUUAUUGAAGCAGGUAGCGCCUACGUCUUAAAGCUGGAGAAGGCUGACGUGUACCGGCUACCAUAUUUGGCAAGCAGUGGACCUGGAUUUGCAAAACUUUGCUGCAAUACACAUAUCGUCGCUCCUGAAGGAAGUGUUUACCGAAUUCUCGAACAUGCUUUUGGGGGCCAUGCCGUCCACCUCAUCUUUUGGAUCUCCCAAGGGGUUGUACCUUUCCACUUAAAUUUGAUUAUAUGAUAGUUACACUCAUGCGCUAAACGCCAUAUAAACACCGUUCUUUGACGGCUAUCAAAAAGAUUAGCAACCCUUUGUUCGUCCAUUAACGUUAAUGCCUCUGAUCAAAGAUAUACAAGAAAAAUAAUUCAUGCAAGAAAGUGUUUGAAUUUCCAGAACAGAUAGUGGACAUUCAUGACCAGCUGAGUCCUGUGCUUUCAAGGUUUAUUAAGCCUAGUAGUAUCGAAUGAGGCAUGAAGUCAUGCACCAGAGAACUCAUUAUUAUGAAGAAUGAAACAAAGUGAUUAUGUACUGCUUAGAGAACACCACGUCUUAGUUUUUUUAGAAGUCUAAAGAUUUUUGCAGCAAAAUUUAUCUUUUAAGUACUUGGGAUUAUAAAAAGUGUAUUUGAAGAAACAUUACAAUCUUUAAAACUUCUAAUCAUGUUUUAUUGACUAAUCCCUAGUCUGAGAACUGUGUGCUUUGAAA